CGCAAAAAGCGCUCAGCAGCUCCUGCGCGCCCCCUUUCCCCCGUCGGCCGAUUUCGUUUAUCUCCUCAAUCCUGGCUUGAAUCCGUGAUACGUCGAGGCGGCGAAGAGCCGAAUCGUGCCGCACCGUAGAGGAGGCUCAGGCUUCUGCAGGGUUUUGGAGCGGGGCGAUGGAGGCGGCGAGCAACGGUGGGCUGCUGUACCACGAGGUGCAGGAGGGGAAGCUCUGCGCCGUGCACUGCGUCAACACCACUCUGCAGGGCCCCUUCUUCUCCGAGUUCGACCUCGCCGCGCUCGCCGCCGACCUCGACCAGCGGGAGCGCCUGGUGAUGCUCGAGGGCUCCCGAAGCCCCGGCGCGGACAACGCUACCGCAGGGGACUUCUUCGCCGAGGGCGAGGGGUCCCACAACGUCUCCCUCGGCGGAGAUUUCAGCAUCCAGGUUUUGCAGAAGGCGCUGGAGGUUUGGGACCUCCAGGUUAUCCCCCUUGAUUCCCCAGCUGCAGGGUCGUCCCAAUUUGACCCUGAGCAGGAGGUUGCUUUCAUUUGCCACCUUCAGGACCACUGGUUUUGCAUCAGGAAGGUGAAUGGGGAGUGGUAUAACUUCAAUAGUCUGUACCCAGCUCCUGAGCACCUGUCAAAGUUUUACCUCUCAGCUUUCAUUGACACCCUGAAGGGGUCAGGCUGGAGUAUCUUUGCAGUCAGAGGCAAUUUUCCCAAGGAGUGCCCUAUGGCAACUGAAGGCUCUAACGGUUUUGGUCAAUGGCUCACCCCUGAUGACGCCCGGAGGAUAACAGCCUCCUGUAACCAGGUUCAAGCACCUACUCAGCAGGUACAACCCCCUCUACUUGGUGACCGAUCAGGAGGGAUGAGUGAAAUGGACAUGAUUGUAGCGCAGCAAGAAGAGGCUGAUCUGAAUGCUGCUAUAGCUGCUAGCUUGAUGGACACUGGGGGUCCAUUUGCCAGCUAUGAUGCAGAUCAAGAAUACAGCAACUCACAAGAUGCUCCUGCCGCUGGACCAGCUCGGAGCAAAGAAGAAGCUGAUAAAUCUGAGCCGAGCGCACCUCCCUGUGAGGAGGAAACUCAGGAGUUGGCUUCAGGAAGCGACACCAAAAGGGAGGUUUCUUCUGUAGAGGAGAAAGGAACAGCGAGAGAAGAAUAGGAUGGCACUUUUGAUCAGUCUGUAACUGAGUUAGACUAUACACAGAGAAACUGCCCUCCAUUUCAGUGGAGUUAUGCCUUUUUUGGUUCCGAACGCCGUACGUAUACAAAAUGCAUAGUCUGAACUGAAUGGGCUUAAAAACUUU